GGAACUGCAGGCUGAGGCGCCGACGGCUUCCGGGUUGUGUUGGCUGCCGACCUCGCGAGCCAGCUCAGGCCGGGCGCAGGGGGGCGGGGGCGGCUGUCGCGUUUAGAGAAAAGGGUGGUCGCGGGCAGAGGGGAGGGCGAGAGCCCGCUUGGCGCCAACAUGGCCUGCGCGCUCGUGCCUUUCUGCAGCUUCCAGGACCUGGAGUCGGCGCGGGAUUUCCUGUGUUCGCACUUUCGCCAGGGGGGCGGUGGCGGUGGUGUAGCGGGGGGCGCCAAGGAAAGCGGCGGAGGUAAACCAGCAAACUGGGAAGAAGAUGGUUGGGGAGCAUGGGAUGAACAAGAAACACAAGGACCUGAGGAGGAGGAAGAAUCAACUUCUAAGACUCAGGCAAAUUCCUGGCUUCAGGACUGUGUCUUAUCCUUGUCGCCAACAAAUGAUCUCAUGGCAAUAGCUCGUGAGCAGAAAGCUGUGUUUUUUGUGCCAAAAUGGAAGCACAGUGAAAAAGGGAAAGAAGAAAUGCAGUUUGCUGUUGGCUGGAGUGGCUCUUUGAAUGUUGAAGAAGGUGAAUGUGUGAGCAGUGUAUUGUGCAUCCCACUGGCAAGUCAAAAGAGGAGCUCAACAGGACGACCUGACUGGACCUGUAUUGUUGUGGGCUUCACCUCUGGCUAUGUUCGCUUCUACACAGAGAAUGGAGUACUUCUGCUGGCACAGGCUUUUGAACGAAAGAUCCUGUCAUGCAACUUAAAUGCCCGAACGUACGAGAUUCCACGGCACCCUGGAGUUACAGAGAGAGGUGUCAAGGCUGGUGAUGUGGAGCUGUGCCAAACUGCACUAAGUGACAACCUAG